CGUUGUGUUGCUUAGCGACGCAAAGAAACAGUGAAAAAAAAACGCUGCGCGAGCUCGAGUGGUGUUACUGUGUAUUUUUGACGGUAGAGAAAGUUACUCAUAGUUUUGAUUAAAUUCUGACUAAUAUUUCGAGGAAAUCAUUUUUUGUCACACACAGACUUCGGAUAAAGAUCUAGAACGAGAGAAGAAGAUACUGAAAUUAGUGCUGAAAUAUUCGGUGUUAAGAAGUUUUCAAAAUAAAAAAACAAUUUGGCGAUUUGAUGAGAUUCUGAUUCUGAUUCCGGUCGACUUUUGUUGUGGAACGUUUGCUCGGAUUUUGUUUCUACCCGUGUCGGUUAUUUAAGGCACAAGCUAGGCGCUGUAAACAGAAGCGCGGUUGCAGGUGAUUUUAUAAAAGAGAUAAAGCAGCUUUUGGACAUUUAGAGUUAUGUUUAAAAACACGUUUCAAAGCGGCUUCUUGUCCAUUUUGUACAGCAUCGGAAGCAAACCUCUACAAAUAUGGGAUAAAAAGGUGAGAAAUGGCCAUAUAAAGCGCAUUACAGACAACGACAUCCAGUCACUAGUGCUUGAGGUAGAAGGAACCAAUGUCAGCACGACCUACAUCACAUGCCCAGCAGAUCCAAAGAAAACCCUGGGCAUCAAACUUCCCUUCCUGGUCAUGAUAAUAAAGAAUCUGAAGAAAUAUUUUACAUUUGAAGUUCAGGUGUUGGACGAUAAAAACGUGCGGCGGCGAUUCCGAGCCAGUAACUACCAGAGCACCACACGGGUGAAACCCUUCAUCUGUACCAUGCCCAUGCGGCUGGAUGGCGGUUGGAACCAGAUUCAGUUUAACCUGUCCGACUUCACACGGAGAGCUUACGGCACCAACUACAUCGAGACACUGCGAGUACAGAUCCACGCGAACUGUCGCAUAAGAAGAGUGUACUUUUCUGACAGACUGUACUCGGAGGACGAGCUGCCAGCCGAGUUUAAACUCUAUUUGCCAGUACAAAACAAAACAAAGCAAUAACGUGGCACAUCUGAACCCUUCCAUCACUCCAGACCUGUUUUAACUGCAGUUUUUUUUUUUCCUUACACCAUACAUCCAUCCAGUCACAUGACAUUGUCUCAUUUAGAAUAUGUGCAGUGUGAGCUAGCAAUCCAGACUAAACUGUGAAACCAACCUUCACAUCAAUGAGGAUAAAAUAUUUUAUAACUCGUGUUAAACUCACGCAAGACGUCGUUGGAUUGAUCAGCUGCCACAGUGGAGUCAGUGCACCGGUGGUAACAGCACUGUGACUUUAAUUUGUUUUCAAAUCUGUACAUGGUUUAUGUUAACGGUCACGGGACAUAAAUGGUAUUUAUAUAAUCACCUCACUAACAUAAAACCUCUUAUGAAACUCUAUAAUGUUUCAGCCAUUAAAGGCUAUUAAAGUCAUAAAUCUUACAAAGUC